AUGGCCAACGUUUGGCUCGGCAAUGGUGUCACAAUCGCACUCUGGCGUACCGCGUCGGCCGACACGUCCUUCCUCGCCGGUCUGUUUGGUAGCAUGCUGUUAUACAGGGCGUUCUUCCAUCGACUUAGGCGGUUCCCUGGGCCGUUUGCCGCGCGUUUGUCCAACUUUUACCACUUUGCCAUCACAGCACGCACCAACAUGCAGCAUCAUCUUUUCAUACGGAAGCUGCAUGGGCAAUAUGGCGAUUUUGUGCGAACUGGACCACGCGAGCUGUCGAUACGUCGUGCCUCAGCCAUAAAUCUGAUAUAUGGCCCUUCUUCUACCUGCGGUAAGGCUACGUGGUACGAUCAAAACUCCGACAACCCCGACCAUGUCUCCGUCGAAAAUAUUCGCGACCUGGGGAAACACAGAACCAGGCGAAAGGCUUGGGACAAUGGGCUUGGCUUUAGAGGCACGUUCCUACUCAAGUACACAAUUGCCUUUCCCAUGACUGAUGUCGCUGACGGAGGCACUGCUGCAAGCCCUCGCCGCUUAUGA